AUGCAUUUCUUCGACGUGCCCAUGCCUCUCUCUGCUUCAGAACCUCUUCGCAUAGCCUACUCCGCCACGCGCAAUGGCCUGCAGGCACUUCGGAACGAUAUUGCUGCCAAUGGAUUCGAGGCUCUCUGCGAGGGAUUCGACCAGGAGCAACCCCUCCAGACAUUCACAAAAGGGCUAAAAGACGGUGAGACUGUCUUCGUUGUAGACAUCAAUCCUCCAGAUUGGGUUCCCUACGACUCUAUCGCCUGGGCGAAGCUCCUGCAUGAUAAGAUACGGAUUGAUGGGUUUGACCCUUUGGAGUCUGGCAAAAGAGAGCAUGUCCGCAAAGAGAUCAUCGACAUAUUGAAGGAGGGUCGUGGUCAUGAGCUGCCCAACAUGAUAAUCGUGCGCAACGAGUACAAACGUAUGUGGGAGGAGAUCGAGCGUCACAGCGACCAAAACUUCUUCAUUGUCGGGCAACCUGGCAAGCCUAGCAUAUUCCUCAUCUAUGCACUGCUGAAAGCCCUCAGCACGAACAAGCUCCUCUUGUACUCCAUCGCCCCAGGCGAAUUCAUCCUUUUUCGACCAGAUGGGAUACAAUACACCACCGAUCUCAGCGACGUUCCGAGCCACGCCCUUGCACACUGGUCGAUGCCCUGGCAUGUACGGACCGACCCCGCAGGGCGUUCCGACGGUUCUCCACUGCUGUCUUUGCUUCCUUCCCCCAAACAGAGGCUAUGGAAGAAGUCCAAAAAGGACGUGUUUUAUUUGAGUCUCCCCCAGCAUCGAAUAGUAGAAGGCGAUGUGUCCGGGUCUGACAUCGGCUCCCGCGCUCUGAAAUAUGUCGGAGGUAAAGAUGAUGUCGAGCUUCAGCCUCGAGGCCGAGAUGCAAUAGCAACAGCACGCAGGAGAAAUUGGAUCAACGACGCAUAG